UCUUAUAUUAUUUUCAUUUUUUUCAAAAUGUUGUUUUUAUCUUCGAAUUGUUUCUUUUUAAUUAUAGGUAUUUGGCGCAUGCAAUGGAUCAUUUCACGCUUUCUCGCUUGUUCAGGGUUGGUCGCUCUACUGCUCAACGCAUUACACAGGAGGUGACCAAAAUAAUCUGGUCUGAAUUGGCCAGUGAAUUUCUUCCGGUACCAGAUGAAAACACGUGGAAGGCGAACGCAUCAGAAUUUUACCGUCAGUGGCAGUUCCCGAACUGUUGUGGAGCUCUGGAUGGUAAACAUGUGGUGAUCCAGUGCCCUCCUCAGGCAGGUUCGCUAUAUUAUAAUUACAAGAAGCAGCAUUCCAUUGUGUUGCUUGCAGUGUGUGAUGCAAACUACAAUUUCGUUGCCGUGGACAUAGGAGCUUAUGGUGGCAAUUCAGACGGAAGCGUAUUUUCGACAAGCGAAUUCGGCCGCCGAUUGCGUAAUGAAAACCUGAAUCUACCACCGCCAACAUGUCUACCGAAUUCUGAUCAAGUCUCUCCACAUUUCAUCGUUGGCGACGCAGCUUUUCCUUUACUGCCCAGUCUCAUGCGACCGUAUCCUGGGCGUAAUUUGCCAACUAUCAAGGAUUACUUCAACCAGCGGUUAUCAAGAGCAAGGCGCACAAUUGAAAAUGCUUUUGGCAUAAUGGUGGCUCGAUGGAGAAUUUUGAAGGCUCCACUAAUAAUGACUCCUCAAGCUGCAGAAAACAUAACCAAAGCUAUUGUUGUGCUACACAACUUUUCAAAUAAGCGUGCUAGACGCGAAUACGCACCACCUGGAUUUCCGGACUACCUCGAUAAUAACGGACAAUUUGUGGAUGGAGAGUGGCGAAGAAUUGCAGACCCUUUACCAAGUGUGGCAGCGGCUGACAUCAGUAGAAAUCAUAACGCUCCAAGAAAUGCAUAUCAAGUCCGUGAUAACCUGGCUCAAUACGUAACUGAAAAUCCUCUUCCGUUUGCAGUAUCACAGUGAAAAAAUGUAAUUAGUAUAGUCAUGUGUUCUUUUAAUUAAUUCAAGAAAAAAACGAAUCCAAUUCUAAAACCUAUUUUCACACGUAAAAAAUAUAAAAAAAGAUCAGAUAGUUGCAAUAUGACUAUGUAUAUGUGAAUGUCAAAUUUGUUAAUGUAUCCCAAAUGUUGAAUAAAAAUGUUGGCUAGAUAAAAUCUCCUUUUUUGUAAUUUGAAACUGAUUAAAAAGGGUUGAACUGCUGUAAGCAUUUAGGAUAUGGACUUCCAAACGAUUUGAUGCUUUAGUACAGAUAGGUAAGAUACUAUAAUAAACCUACAUGUGUUUUGCUUGCUUGUUAACGUUUCAACCCUAAUGUGACAGGCAGGGUACCCGGGCACCUUUUUCGAUUACAAAUUUCGA